AUGGGUGUGUUUGGCGAUGAAGUGAAGUCGGUGUCAGUGAUGGAGGGAGAUUCUCUUACUCUAUAUACUGAUAUUACUGAACUACAGACAGAGCAGCAGAUAGUGUGGAGGUUUGGACCUAAUGAGAUUCGUAUAGCUCAAAUCAACAAAGAAGCCCAUACAGUCUCAAUAAAUGCUGAUGUUCUUGAUGGGAGAUUCAGAGACAGACUGCAGGUGAAUAAUCAGACUGGAGAUCUCACCAUCACAAACAUCACAACACAACACACUGGACUUUAUAAUUUAACCAUCAAAGGCAACAGGGACCUCUCAUACAGAUUCAAUGUUACUGUUUAUGCUCAUCUGCCCAUUCCUGUCAUCACCACACAAAACUCAUCAUCAUCAUCAUCAGGCUCAAAUUGUUUAUUAUUGUGUUCAGUGUUGAAUGUGAGAGAUGUGAGUCUGUCCUGGUACAAAGGAAACAGUUUAUUGUCCAGCAUCAGUGUGUCUGAUCUCAACAUCAGCAUCUCUCUUCAUCUGGAGUGUCUGAAUGAUUCUUACAGCUGUGUGGUCAACAAUCCCAUCAGUAAUCAAACUCAACAUCUCAACAUCACUCAUCUCUGUCAGCCAUGUUCAGAUACAACAGUCCAACAGAUUCAGUUGGUGUAA